AAUAAUAAAAAAUUAAAAUAAAAAAAAAAAAAAUAAAAAAAAAAAUUAUAAAGAAGGUAUCUUUGAAAAGUCUGAAAUUAAUUCUGCUGAGCAUAUUGCGCCUGAAAUGGAUUUUGAACGAGUCUUGGAAAAGUGUGGUAAUUUCGGACGCUACCAGAUAAUAUUGCUUUUAAUUUUCGGCUACACCAACAUGAUGUCAUCGAUGCAUUACUUUUCUCAAACUCUUAUCAGUUUUACACCGAAUCAUUGGUGUUACCAUGAAAAGCUGGCUAAUCUCAGUUACGAACAUAUAAGUUUGUUCUACAAGAAUUUAAAUAACCCGAAAUGCACUUUACUGGACGAUAUAGUGAACGAUACUAAUCCGGUGGUCGCUAAGGUGGGAGAGUGCAAUGAAUGGUUUUAUGAACGGGAACAAGGCUACGAAAGUAUAACAUCCGAGUUAAAUUGGGUUUGCGAUCGUGCUUACCAAUCAGCGGUGGGCAAAUCAUUUUUCUAUGUCGGCUCCGUAGUCGGAACUAUAUUGUUUGGUAUACUCGCUGAUAAAUAUGGCCGCGUUCCCGCCAUCAUCUUAACUACUUUAUCGGGUGGCUUAGGAGAUUUUAUGACCGCUUUCGUUAACGACUUGCCUGCUUUUAUAGUGGCUCGUUUUAUUUCGGGUCUUUCUAACGAUACUUUUUUUAUGCUAAUGUUUAUCUUGGUUUUUGAAUAUUUAAAGCCGGAAAAGCGUACUUUCGGCUUAAACAUUAUCACGGCUACGUUUUAUUGUGCCGGUCUUAUGUUAUCGCCCUGGUUUGCUAUAUGGGUGGGCUCAUGGCGCAAAUAUUUGAUUUUAGUUUCCACUCCCGUUCUGCUAGUCUUAGUUUAUCCUUUGGUCGUUUGCGAAAGUGCCCGCUGGUUACUGACACAGCAGAAUUAUAGUAAAGCUGUCGAGUGUCUAAAAUAUGUAGCAAAAAUUAAUAAGCGCAAGGUGGACGAGUCCGUCUUUGAUGAGUUUGUUGAGUUCUAUAAGCAAAAAUUAAUUGAAGAACAGAAAUUAGAUGCAAACAAAGAUACAUUCCUUGGCAUGUUCAGUAGUCCCAGAUUAAGAAAAUUUACCAUCAUUUUGCUGGUUAAAAGUGUUAUCAUUACGAUGGCCUACGAUAUAGCCAGUCGUAAUAUGGAGGGUUUAGGUUCCUCGCCGUUCGCUUUGUUUUCGUACUCCUCUAUUUGCUAUAUACCCGGCGGACUAACGAUUAUUCUUUUCCAAAAUGUUAUAGGGCGUAAGGGCAUGGCUUGUAGUUCUCUUUUUGUGGGCGGCUUACUAACCGCUGUCACGGGAUUUCUCAUUGCCGUUUUGGAUCGGCAAACUUAUGCCUUGUUGUUGGCCAUUAUGGUGGCACUGGGUCGCUACGGUGCCAUUGUCGCCUAUGAUGCUGAAGCUCAAUACGCUACUGAGAUAAUACCUACUAGUGUAAGAGGUCGCGGAGUUUCCAACAUUCACGUGGUUGGCUAUGCUUGCAGUUUUCUCAAUGCCUAUGUUAUAUAUUUAGGUAACUUUUAUAAGCCUUUACCUUCGCUGUUCAUAAGUUUUAUUAUGUUAGUGGGUGCCGGCUUAUGUUUGGCAUUACCUGAAACACAUGGCAAAAAACUUCCCGAAUCUUUAAGUGAAGGUGAAGUAUUCGGCCUUAACGAAGACUGGUAUUACUUUCCCUGUUUUGAGCGUAAACGAAGAAAUUCAAAAAUCUCCGGCAAUGUUGGCAAUGAAUCGAAGACUUAAUAAUUUUUUACUUUGUUUUUUUUUUCCGCUUUAUUCCAAAAAGUAAAAAGUUAAGAUAAGUUUUAUGACUCAUUUAUAUUUAUACAAUUUAGUUUAAAUUACUUUAAUAUAGUAUUAAAUUGUAUACCGAGUAAACGCAUUACGUCUAUGAGAGAUAUUGUCGUUGCUUGACAAGAUUAGAUGAUAAAGUACAAAAAAAGUACUUACAAGAAGACUUGCUUAAGUUAAGUUAAUUUAGAUGACAGCUGAAUCGAAACUUGCUUACGUAAUAAGUUUUUUUUUUUUUGUUUACAGUAAAAAUAAAUAAAAUAUUUUG